GAGGUGGGUUGCACAUAGGUUUCUGCAAGGGAAAAUCAAAGAUGAGCGGUGUGAUUUAAAAUAUGGUGCUUGGAGGGUAAUUGGUUUGAAGAAGGUGGGCAGAAAGAUGAUUGGACUACAGCAUUGAGUUUUACAGUGUGGGAAAGUGGAAGUGAUGUAAUGAAAAAGAGAAUGUCAGAUUAAUUCCUGUAUUCUCCUAAAAAGUCCUAAAGCCAGGUAUGAUCACAUUGUGGUCCAGGAAACAUACACUCACACUAGCUUAGCACAUCAAACUCCACUCACUGUAUUCCCUGAUGAUCAGUUUACUGAGUUUAUUCAUUACUGAAGGCACAUAGGCAUAACAAAACAAAUACAAGGAGUACAAGAAGAAAACAUUUAAUAAAAGACAGUGCACAAAUGUGUGAUUAUGUAAGUGCACUUGUGUAUUUAAGUGUUAAUGUAUGUGUUUUGUCAUGUGUUCAUGCGUGUUUAUUGAACUGUCUUAUAACUGCAAAAAAAAUAUUCAUUUGUCAGCUGUGUGAAUCCUGCAUCUCCUGCUAGAAGCUGGAAGAACAGGCUGUUGUGUGACUCUGUCCUUUGAACAUUACUUCAUUAUGAAUUGCCUUAAAUUAUUUAACAACCCUGUUAUAAGCAAGUCCUGAUAAUAAUGGAGCAUGUUGGGUUUGGUUUUUUUGUAAAGGUAUAAACUGUCCUAUGAGUCAGUCUGAGGAAAAAGCUGAGGGACUGCUGCACUCAAAUGAGGAACAUGGCAGCCAGGCAGAACUCGAGAGGGCCUCCCCAGAGGCUGAGCUCCAACCCUCAGCUGACUCUGGACCCCUGGAAACAAGGAAGCUAGCAAAUCCCAUGUUACCUGAGAACUCUGAGCCCUCUCAGCAAUCAUUCUCCGCUGAGAGCCUGGGAGAGUUAACACAGCCACCUCCGCCCUCUGUUGGGAGUUUCUGUGAACUCUGUCAGCCAGCAGAGCACUGCACCCUGCUGUCGGUGCCUGAGCCAAACCUAUGUGCUGCUCAGCUCCAGUCAGUGUCAACCCUGCCAGAGGCCCACGCACCUGCUGGUUCUGUUUUGUCCUCGCCAGAGGCCUGCACACCUGCUGGUUCUGUGUCUGCCUCUGCUGGAGGGUCCGAGGGGCCCAUUAAGCAGCCUGCUUCCGCUGGAUGGCCCGAGGAGCAGGUCCAGCCAUCACCGUCGCCUGCAGUGCCACCAACUGCUCCAUCACCUACGGUUUCCUCACCGGCACCUGCAGUGCCACCAACUGCUCCAUCACCUACGGUUUCCUCGCCGGCACCUACAGUGCUUCCGGCAACAGCUACAACUCCGCUGCCAGCAGUAUCACCACCUGCUCCAUCGCCAGCGGCUUCCACAAUGUUGCCAGCAAUGCCACCACCUGCUCCAUCACCUGCAGCUUUCACACCACCGCCUGCAGCGUCACCAUCCACAGCUGCCACACUGCCGUCUGGUCCCGCACCAUCCUUGCCUGGUCCGGCCUCUGCCACUUCUACACCGCUGUCCGAUCCAGCUCGGCCUGAUCCACCUCGCCUUUGCCGGCCACUCUCCAGGGCUUUAGCUGGACGUCUUCGCCGUCGGGGGAGGUCCCCUGAACGAGGUCGUCCCCCUGAACGAGGUCGUCCCCCCGAACGAGGUCGUCCCCCUGAACGAGGUCGUCGCCACUGCCUUCCACGCGGUCGGCCUCUGGACCUGUUUCGCCUGCGUUGCCGCCGUUGCCCUCCGCACGGCCGGCCUCCGGACGUGCUUGGUCUCUUUUGCUGGCCUCUGAGUCGCCCCCCGGAACUCCUGAAGUGGGAACUAUUGGGCCAGUGGCCUCUGGAUCAGCCGCUGGGUUGGUUAUGGACUAUUUUCCAGGCCUCAGGGCCUUUGAUGGACUUUUGGUUCUGGACUUUGUUUGCCCGAACUCUUGUUCCUUUUGACUUUUUGGACUUUUCGUGUUCCUGUUUUUGUUUUGUUUCUGUUUCUGUGUGUGUGACUUCUUGAUCACAACUGUUUUUAACAACAUCCUUGGUCAAAAGACGGUAAUCUCCCCCACACCCAAUAUAUGGCUCAAUUCCUGUAUUGGUUCACCAUGCACAACACAGGUGAAGCCAUAAAAGGGCAGGAAGUUUACCAAACAACAAACAGAACUUUCACAUGGGAUGUGUCUGUGAUAAAACACUACAGCCUCCCCCACACCCUCAAUAGGCUGGGGAGGGGGACAAAGGAAUGUCUUUGAUCACACAGCUUGAAACAAUGUAGAGAUGGUAGGCAUAAAAAUUACAACAUUUAACAAUUCACUUUGCACAAGUGACCUACAUCAAAAAAACUUUUUUAGAUUUCAACCAAAUUAUCAUGCUAUUACAUCUAUGUGCUGAAAUAUGUAAUAUGAAAUCACCAGAUUCUUUAAAUACUAAGGGAAGGAGGUUCAGUGCUUCCUGGUCAAUUGAGGACAGGUCCCACUGUCCUAAAGUGAUGUCAUGAUAAAAAGUGCGGGUGUUCCAGUUUUUUUGAGAUAAAACUGUAACUAUAAACCUAUGAACCUAUACUCUGGGACUCCUUUGUGGUUUCGUGCAUGAGAUUAAGCAGACCUGUUGCAAUCAUUUUUUUUUCUAGAUACAUUACAGAUACAUUACAUUUACAGUCACUAAAAUGAGUUUACAUAUUCACCAUCUUAAAUGUUCAAAUGAAAUAAAAUAACUAAAAAAUAACUCACAAGCUAAUAACAUAACAAACAGUGUGAUUAACAUGAAGCUUCAUUGAAUUUAUAAGCACAUUUUCUGUCCUUUAAUUGCAUGUCUUGCAUGCAUUUAAAGGACAAAAAAGAUAUCUUUAAAAGGACAAAAACUUAAACCAAAGAUAACACAAGUAAAUAGAAGCAACGUAUAAGUAAAUUCAUUUAAUAUUUCUUUAUUAAUUCCAUUAAUGAUCACAUGCCACUGAUCAGCCUGCAGGUUUACAUGGUUACUCUAGUGGUAAGAGCCCAUGCAGAUGAAAGAGUGACACUAAUAGUCACGGUCCUGGGUCAGUGACCCAGUGUUUUUGGUGUUGUACUUUUUCUUUUGAUUUUAUUACAAAGUAUGACUGUUUGUUUUGGUUUCUGUCCUAGUAUUUCAGCUUCCUAGUUUGGCAGUACUUCCUGAGGUCUUGUUUUUAGGUUUUGUUAUUUGGUCUCCCAGUGUUUAUUCUGUGCUCCCUCUUCUCUGUGUUCCUUCUGUCUGUCCAUGGUGUUAUUUUGUCUGCUCAUGAGUCUGCGUAUGUUAAGUUCUGUGGCUCGUGUGGAUCUCUCUGUCUGUUGUGUACUUACUGUUUUACUUUGUAGCUCUGUGCCUUAUGUCUGUGCGUUCAGCUUUGUGCUCUCCUUGUCUCGUCAGUGUAAUCAGUGUCAGCCGUGUCUCUCAGCUGUUUCCUCUUAGUUCUGUUCACCUCUUGUAUUUAGUGUCUGCGUUUUCCCCUGCUUGUUGUCGUGUCGUACCAUCAUACUUCCCCUGUGUGUUCAGCUUGCCUACCUGCCUUGCCAGGACUCACAAACGCAGAAACAAAAGGGUGAACUUUAAGCAGCUUUAUUGAUGUGCACAAACUGAACUGAACUGAACUGAGAAUACAAAACUAAACUACCAGGCAGGUAGGCAAACUGAACACAUAAGGGAGGUAUGAGGGUACGACGCGACAACAAGCAGGGGAAGACGCAGACACUAAAUACAAGAUGUGAACAGAGCUAAGAGGAAACAGCUGGGAGACACGGCUGACGCUGAUUACACUGACAAGACAGGGAGAGCACA